AUGUCCCCAGUCAGAGGUUACAUCACCUCUUAUCCCCCUCGACUGCGCCAGUAUGGAAACGCGUUGCUCACCCCGGUGAUCCCGCCUUCGCAAACGGGGACAUCGCGGACCACGAAGCGCGGCACCGCGGCGAUCAACUAUGCAGAGGAUGGCUUCGAUGACGAUGACUUUGAUGAUAGCGAGGGUCCUCGCCGGCCGACCGGCCUCAGGAGCCGACGGGACGAGGGCCUUGACAAGGUCCCAUUGUCGGAGAAACUGGGGAAGGAAGCCCAUGCUCCCGUCCAAGUUCAAGGGGUUUUCAGAGAUUGGAUGAUCAGACGGAUGCUCAGACCAGCCUGUGCGGAGCAGUUACAAAUUCAGUCGCAAUUACCUUUGACCCUCAUUCCUAUCCGCAUCGAUCUUGAAGUUCCCGCGCAUCAGCCAUUAGAGCCUUUUCCUCUGCCCCGGAACGCCUCGGAGCCCGGGAUAAAUCCAACUCUUCCAGCCUACCGAAAACCAGAUCCUCUGCCUGCUUAUCGGAUCAAGGACACCUUUCUUUGGAAUCUUCAUGAAGCAUUGGCGACGCCCGAAGAAUUCGCGACCGUCUUUGUUCGAGAGCUAGACUUGCCCAACCCGGCUGCAAUGACAGCAGCUAUUAGCACCCAGAUCCGGCAGCAGCUCGAGGAGUAUGCGGGAGUCGCACUGCAUCCCUUGUUCCAAAGCACGCAAACGAAACAAGGGUCGAGGACGUCUCGACGACCCCCGCCCCCGCCGAAUGCCGCAACACCUGAUAGUUCCAGCAAGGCCAAUGGUAUCACCGUUACCAAAGAGCCCCUUGCCAAUGACAGCAUUCUCAAUCCUGAUGACGCGUACCGGUGCAUCAUCAAUCUUAACAUCAACCUUCAGAACAAGCUAUACACCGACAAAUUUGAAUGGUCCCUUCUUCAUCCGCCUGGCAUGGCAGAGGACUUUGCCAGAGUCACGUGCGCCGAUUUGGGUCUAGGUGGAGAGUGGGUUAGUGCUAUAGCACAUGGAAUCUAUGAAGCGGUUUUGAAGUUGAAAAAAGAAGUCUGUGAAAGCGGCGGCAUGGUGAGCGCCGUGGGGUCCUUCGGGAAUGAGAUCGAUAAUCAAGCUGCAAAUGGCGCCGAGGCCGGAUGGCGGUACGAUCCCGAAGGCCUGGGAGAUGAGUGGGAGCCCAAGGUUGAGACACUGUCCAAAGAGGAAAUUGAAAAACGCGAAGGAGACCGGGAACGACAGAUCAGGCGUCUUCGAAGAGAGACCGCCCGGUUUUCUUCCACUGCGGGUAUUUCGCAAGACACCUCCAGACAGGCAGGCGGAGGCUAUUUCGAUGUUGACAGUGAAACGCCGCUGGGAAGAGGUGAAAGGAGCAAGCGGAAACGACGUUUCCGCAGUCUCAGUCCGCUGGCUAGAGGGGGUACCCCUGGAGGACGCGGCACACCGGAUACUGGGUCGGGAGCUGGUUAUGGGGGAGGCGGCGGAACACUGAGUGAUUGGGAGCGUCAAACAUGGAGAUGUUCCAAUUGUCUGGUUUGGGGCACUGCUGUCUGGGCCGUGAGAGACGGUCCUGCUGGCCCAAGGACACUCUGCCACAACUGUGGUUACCUCUAUGAACGCGACCGGGUCCUUCCUGAGUGGUCCAAAGACUUACACCGCCACGACAUGCCUCUGGUUCGAUGA